UGAAAGAAUUAACAGUGAAAUGCCGUUGUUGAACUUGUGCAGCAACUUGACGUCUCUCAUAGAUCUUAUUGUGGAUGAUGUGAAAGAGCUCACUUGUUUUCCAGAUGAGAUGCUACAUAACAAUGUUUCCCUUGAACAUCUACUGGUCUUAAAUUGCAGAGAGUUUCGCGAAUUGCCACAAAGUUUAUACAAUCUCCGUUCUCUUAGGAGCUUAAGGAUUGAGCGCUGCAACAAUUUCAAUUCCUUUCCUGUUCCCAGCGGAGAGAAUCAUUUUACUUCGUUCCAAAGUCUUGAGUUGUCCAAUUGUGAUGGCUUAACCAGUUUACCAAGUGAAAUGCUAGAGCAUUGUCGGUCCUUGGAAUCUUUGAAGGUCAACAAAUGUAACAACUUAGUUUCCUUCCCUUUACAUGUGUAGGAAAUGCCUUCACUUUCAUAUUUGAAUAUAUCAAAAUGUCUCAAAUUGGAUAGUGUACCUGCAGGGGGCCUUCACCGCCUCACUGGGUUACAGGAAUUGUGCAUUGGACCUUUCUCAGAGACGGUGGAUUUUGAGGCAUUCCAAUUGAUAUUUAAUGGCAUUCAGCAGCUAUCAUCCCUUCCUAAAUUAGAGGUGUAUGGGAAUAGGCAAUGGGAUUCUCUGCCCUAUCAGCUUCUGCAACUUUCCGCCUUAACAGAGAUCGGAAUAAAUGAUUUUGGAAUCAAAACUCUUCCUGAUAGAUUUGGAAAUCUUACUUAUCUUGAAACAUUAGAGCUAGUGAGGUGCAGACGACUACAACAUCUGGACUUCUUAGAUGUCAUGCCCAAAUUACAGCAUCUGGAGAUCCGUGAUUGUCCAUCGUUAGAAUCUCUGUUGGAUGGGCUUGUCAACCUUGUUUCUUUGCAAGAGUUAACUUUAUGGUUCUGCAGAAAACUACAGCAUCUGCCAUCCAGAGAUGCCAUGCUACGCCUCACCAAAUUACGGUACCUUAGAAUUAGAGGCUGCCCACAGUUAGAAAAAAGUUGCAGCAAUAAAAAUGGCACAAACUCCCAAUGGUCCAACAUUUGCCAUAUUCCAUAUAUUGGCCUAGGUGGGAUGACAAUUCAGGACUUAAAUUAAGUUUUACUACAAGGGCAAAGAGGUCAUCCCCAUUCCGGCCUUGUUUGGGCACUGCACAACCUUUUCCGGGAACUGAAGUCUACAUAUGAAACAUCAAAAAACUCAACGCGUCUAGGGU